AAAAAACAAUAAAACAAGAAACACAAAAAAAAAUAAAAUAUAAACAAUUUAAUUGAAAAUUUAAGGAACGACAAUCUUUUAAUACGCUAUAAAACAAACAGAUACUUUAAUAAUAAUGGCAAGCACUUCAAGUUUCAAGGAUCGUGUGGUCUGUAUUCAUCAUCCAGAUGCUCCUUUGAUUGAAGAUUAUCGUGCUGGUGAUAUGAUUUGCUCCGAAUGUGGUUUAAUUGUUGGUGAUAGAGUUAUAGAUGUUGGAUCUGAAUGGAGAACUUUUAGCAACGAAAAGAAUUCUAUAGAUCCAUCACGUGUUGGCGGUCCUGAAAAUCCUUUACUAAGCGGUGGAGAUCUGUCGACAAUUAUUGGGCCCGGAACAGGAAGUGCUUCAUUUGACUCAUUUGGAACUGCAAAAUAUCAAAAUAGGCGAACAAUGAGUAGUUCAGACCGUGCCUUAAUAACAGCAUUCAAAGAAAUAAGUUCGAUGGCAGAUCGCAUUAAUCUACCAAAGACUAUCGUUGAUAGAGCUAAUAAUCUAUUCAAACAAGUACAUGAUGGAAAAAGCUUGAAAGGCAGAUCAAACGACGCAAAAGCAUCUGCUUGCCUGUAUAUUGCCUGUCGACAAGAAGGUGUCCCAAGAACGUUUAAAGAGAUUUGCGCCAUUAGUCGUGUAAGCAAAAAGGAAAUAGGCAGAUGUUUUAAAUUAACAUUAAAGGCUUUGGCAACUUCAGUGGAUCUCAUUACAACUGCAGAUUUUAUGUCACGUUUCUGUGCAAACUUAGUUCUACCAAAUUAUGUUCAACGAGCAGCUACUCAUAUUGCGAGAAAAGCAGUCGAAAUGGAUAUCGUUGCUGGACGAUCUCCUAUUUCUGUUGCAGCUGCUGCAAUUUAUAUGGCAUCACAAGCUUCGGAAAUGAAGAAAACUCAUAAAGAGAUUGGAGAUAUUGCUGGUGUUGCUGAAGCUACAAUUCGUCAAUCAUAUAAACUAAUGUAUAGUCAUGCAAAAGGAUUAUUUCCAGACGACUUUCCUUUUGCAACACCAAUCGAACAACUUCCACUGUUGUAAACAAUUUAUCGUUUUGAUUUUUUUACGUUUUAUUUGAUACUUUAUAUUGCCUA